UUUUUUUGUUUUGAUCUGAAAGUGUUUUGCAUAGUAUAGUAAGUCCUUCAGUUGUUCGCACAUACAUUACUCGUCCUGACAUAACACAUCGCCCAAAAAUUGCCUCAAUGGAGGAAACACGAGAGAAGACUGACAUGCAACAAAAUGGAAAAUUACAAGAUUUAAUGGCGACAACCUCAGAGAAAGAGUUCUAUGUCAAAGCACAAAAAUACUGGUCAGAAGUUCCCGCAACUGUAAAUGGAAUGUUGGGUGGUUUGGGUUACAUCAAUGCAGUCGAUGUUGAAGGCUCUACAAAGUUCUUGCGCGAGCUACGAAUAAAGGAUAUGCACAAAAAAUAUGCCCUGGAUUGUGGAGCUGGUAUAGGGCGCGUCACCAAGAAUUUACUAAUGCCCCUUUUUGAAAAAGUAGAUCUUGUUGAGCAAGAUCCCACAUUUGCCGAACGAGCUCGGGAGUAUUGUACAACUGAUAUGGGUUCAACACUUGGCUACCCCAAGCGUCUAGGCGAGAUUUAUAAUGUUGGUCUUCAAGAAUUUACACCAAGUUCCAAGAAAUACGAUGUCGUUUGGUCUCAAUGGGUCUUGGGCCACUUGACUGAUGAGGAUCUUUUGCAAUUUUUUAAGCGCCUUAAAAAUUGUUUGACGGACGACGGCUUAUUUGUUAUGAAAGAGAAUGUAACAUCAUCAAAUAAAACAGAAUUGGAUGAAGCCGAUUCUUCGGUAACAAGACCCUUAAAGACCUAUGAAAAAUUCCUAAAACAAACGGGUUAUCGCAUUGUGAAAAUGACAAAACAACCUAAUUUACCCAAAGGUUUAUAUCCAGUGUAUAUGAUAGCCAGUCAACCACUCACACAAAACGAAUAAUGUUAUUUAUAUUAAGAGCUUUUUGUUUUAAAUAAAGCACAAAUUUUAAAUGAA